AUCAUCUCGAACCCCGCGAUUCCUUGAUUCCUCGAUUCCCCCUGGCCGAGGUGCGCUUGGCGAUGGCGCGCUGAAUUACGGAUGAAGAUUGCGACUGCGACUGCGAGUGCGACUUCGCACCGACCCAUGUGACCGCCGUCGUUGCUGCAUCGCUGCUGCCGCCGGCGAACGAGCCCCGAAAUGCGCAUCCGGCUCCGGAGAGUGCCCCUCAGGAGAGCGCCCGUCCUGUGGGCGGUUGCGCUGCUGACCGUCCUCGCUUUCUCCAUCUCGCGCUUGUCGGCCUCCGUGCACAUCUUCUUCCGCCAUGCCGGCAUUGCCCUCACCCAGCCCCAGAUCGCUGCGGCGCAUCACGACAAGAACAGCGUCCAGCACGUUCCCAAGAUCAUCCACCACAUCUUCCACAACUGGCGCGAGCCCGGGAACGACGCGCUGCCUCCCCACUGGGCCGAGACGCGGAAGCACUGUAUGGAACUGAACCCGGACUUCGAGUUCAAGCUCUGGACAGAUAACAAUUCACGCGAGUUCAUUGAGACCGAGUACGCCUGGUUCCUGCGGACAUACGAUGGCUAUCGAUAUCCCGUGCAGCGGGUCGACGCGCUGAAGUACUUCCUGAUGCUGCAUUACGGGGGCAUCUACCUCGACCUGGACAACACCUGCAAAGUCUCUCUGACGCCGCUGCUGUACUACCCCGCCUGGGUCACCGACGGCGCCCGCGGCGCGCUGAGCAACAACAUCCUGGCCGCGCGCCCGCACCAUCCCUUCUGGCAGCUCGUGACCGUCUCUCUGGCGCGCUACGACUGGAAGUGGCCGCUGCCGUACGUCUCCGUCAUGUACGCCAGCGGCCAGUGGUUCCUGACGGCCAUCUGGGAGCAGUACCACGCGCUGCUGCCCCGGCCGGCCCCGGGUGCGGGCCAGGACCAGAACCAGAACCAGGACCCGGCGCGGCCGCAGCCCCACGAGCACCGCCUGUACCGCGUCCUGAUGGACGGCCGCCCCGGCGCCGACGAGUGGGUCUUCUUCGGCUGGGACGGCAGCGGCGGCACCUGGAACAACUGGGACAACCGCCUGUUCUGGUCCAUCGGCCAGUACCCGCUCCUGUACCUGGCGGGACUGCUCGGCGUCACCGUCCUGCUGGCCUGGCUGGUCGUGCGGUGCGUGCGCAGGUACCAGAACGGCUACUCGCUGCUUCCAAGCGCGCGCCCCGUAAGUGACGCAGCCUAG